AUGGACCAAAGAUUGGUAGUUUGGGACAUUCAGCCAUUUUGUCACGGGGACAACCGUAUGAUCGCAACACUAUUUGGGCCAACUCACAAUGCAGAAAUGAAUCUAAUUCGAGCUCGUUGGGGUAAAAAUACGUUGGUAUGCAGUGGUUCUGCAGACCACAUGGUAUACGUUUUGGAUUCUAAAGAUCAGAGACUGCUAUAUAAGCUACCAGGUCAUCUAGGAUCGGUAAAUGACGUCUGCAUGCAUCCUAAUGAACCGAUUAUUGCAUCUGCUAGCUCCGACAAGUGUGUUUACCUCGGAGAAUUGGCAUGA